CCAUGUGCCAGUGACGCUUCCAGUGUGGUGGGAUCCAAGGAGCCCGUUGUGGGAUGAGCUCCUUGGGUGCCCGAGGCUGCAGGGAUGGGCUCCUUCUCCAGCUCCCAACCUCACCAGCUCUGGUGUUUGGGGAUGUGCCGGACUAUUGGGGCUACUCUGUGGGAUCUGGAUACCCCGGUGCCGUGGGGUGGGAAUGCAGCACCUGGGGACCCUCGUGGGGCAGAGCUGGUGCUGCCACUCCUGUGCUGCCCUGGGGACACCGAGGCAGGGCCAGCCCAGGGCUCGGCAUCGGCAGCUCUUUGUGCCCCCUCAUUUCACACCCCGGGACUGUGCCUCUUGGGGGGGCACUGGGGACCCUGCCCAGGCCUGGGGACCCUGCCCCUGAGAGUGGGCACCGAGGUUUGGCAGCGUAAGGGUGGCCAUGGGGGUCUGUGAGCCUGCAGGUCACCAGCCCACAGCUCACCCCACACAGCCCACCCCUGUGCCACGCUGUGCCCAGUGCCCAGGUCCCUGUGCUCCCUGACACAUUCCCGGGCUGGGAGCGGAGCAGAGGGAUGACACAGGUGGCACAGGGGCAGGACAGGCGGCGGCAGCACCUCCGGGGCAAGAUGCCGGAGCAGAGCAACGACUACCGGGUGGUGGUUUUCGGCGCCGGCGGCGUCGGGAAGAGCUCGCUGGUGCUGCGCUUCGUGAAGGGGACCUUCCGAGACACCUACAUCCCCACCAUCGAGGACACCUACCGCCAGGUGAUCAGCUGCGACAAGAGCGUGUGCACCCUGCAGAUCACCGACACCACCGGCAGCCACCAGUUCCCGGCCAUGCAGCGCCUCUCCAUCUCCAAGGGCCAUGCCUUCAUCCUCGUCUUCUCCGUCACCAGCAAGCAGUCGCUGGAGGAGCUGAAGCCCAUCUACCAGCAGAUCGUGCAGAUCAAGGGCAGCGUGGAGAGCAUCCCCAUCAUGCUGGUGGGCAACAAGUGCGACGAGACGCAGCGGGAGGUGGAGAGCAGGGAGGGGGAGGCCAUGGCCAAGGAGUGGAAAUGCGCCUUCAUGGAGACCUCGGCCAAGAUGAACUACAACGUCAAGGAGCUCUUCCAGGAGCUGCUGAACCUGGAGAAGAGGAGGAACGUGAGCCUCACCAUCGACGGGAAGCGCUCCAGCAAGCAGAAGAGGACAGACAAAAUCAAGGGGAAGUGCAGCAUCAUGUAGAGAGCCCCGGACUGGCCCGUGCCCCCCCUCCAGACCCCCCUUCUCCCCCCCCACGGCCGGACGUGGCAGUGGCAUCGCAGCGGGACCGUCCCCUCGUCCUCCGUGUGCCAUCAC